AUGGGAUCAGCCGGCCCUGCCAACCCUAAGCUCUUUGAGCCCCUCGCCAUCGCAAAUGGCAAACACGUCUUGAAGCACCGCGUCGUCCACGCUCCCUUAACCAGGAACCGCGGCACGCCCGUCAACAAGAACGACAGUCGUGAGAACCCCAAUCGUCUGUGGCUAGCCAACGACCUCAUCAAGGAGUACUACAACCAGCGCGCUACCGAUGGCGGUCUCAUCAUCUCCGAGGGCCUGCCGCCUUCUCUUGAGGGCGGCGCAAUGCCCGGCGUCCCUGCCAUCCACCAGCCAGCUCAAGUCGAGUCGUGGAAGCCCGUGACGGAGGCGGUGCACGCCAAGGGCGGCAUCUUCUACGCGCAGCUGUGGCACUCUGGCCGUGCCAUGAUUCCGCAGCACAUCGGCGGCCCCGUGCCGGCUCCCUCGGCCGUGCCCUGGGACGACCCCACCGAGGUGUUCUGGUACCCGCCGGCCCACACCACCGAGCUCUGCAAGUACGCCGACUACCCACCCAUCGAGAUGACGGUGGAGCACAUCAAGCGCACCAUUGACGAUUACGUCAAGGCCGCCAAGAACGCGCUCGAGGCCGGCUUCGACGGCAUCGAGGUCCACGGCGGAAACGGCUACCUGCCCGAGCAGUUCCUCAGCUCAAACUCGAACCAGCGCACCGACGACUAUGGCGGCUCGCCCGAGAAGCGUUGCCGCUUCGUCCUCGAGCUGAUGGAGGCCCUCGCCGCCGCCGUCGGCCAGGAGAACCUCGCCAUCCGCCUGUCGCCCUUUGGUCUGUUCAACCAGGCCCGCGGCACCCAGCGCAAGGAGACCUGGGGUUACCUGUGCCGGGAGCUCAAGGCCCGCCUGCCCAACCUGAGCUAUGUGAGCUUUAUCGAGCCAAGGUACGAGCAACUCUUCUCCGAAGAAGACAAGCAAAAGUUCCUCGACGACUGGGGCAUGUCAAACGUCGACCUGUCCAUGUUCAGGGAGAUCUUUGCCGGCACGCCCUUCUUCUCCGCCGGCGGCUUCGACGCCAAGACGGGCAAGGAGGCCGUCGAGAACGGCACCUACGACGCCAUUGUCUACGGCAGGUACUUUACCAGCAACCCGGACCUGGUCAGGCGCAUCAAGGACGAUCUGCCUUUUAACCCCUACAACCGUGAGCGCUUCUACGGUCCGUUUGAAGACAACACGAUCGGCUACACCGACUUUGCUACUUAUGACGAGCAGCAGAAGAAAUGA